GGGUUAAAGAAUUUUUAAUGCCUUAUGAGGAAUUAUUGUUUCUUGCAGGAGCUCGUGAGUUAAACGAAAUAGAUAAAUCCAAUGUAAAAAAGGUGAAGGAUGAUCAAAAGGAUGUGUUAAUUGAGGCUUUAUUGAACAAACUACGAAGUGACUCUGGCAAUGAUGUUACUUUUAUAGUCGGUAAAGAGAAAAAAAGAAUUGGUGCUAACAAAUAUAUACUUUCGGCCGCUUCAACUCAUUUUGAAGGAAUGUUUUGUCGUGGGUUUAGUGAAGCAGAAAAGAAUGAAAUUGAGAUAAAUGAUAUUCAGCCAGAUGCAUUUCAGGUAUUGAUUCAAUGGUUAUAUGGACAAUCUUUUGAAGAUGCAAUAAAUUCUGUUUUACGUAAUGAGGAAGCGUUUACAACAGAACAAGAAUGUUAUGAAACCUAUUAUUUGAAUUUUUUAGUUCAUUUAUUAACUGUAACUGAUAUUUAUAACAUCGAACAACUUAAAAACAUAAUAGAGAAUGCAAUUAUAAGUUCAUGUAUUAAUAUCCAUAAUGUGUGUGAAAUUUUAGAAUGGUCAAAAAAUUGUGAAGCAUCACAAUUAAGUAAUUAUUGCAUAAAUUUUAUUAGGUCAAAUAAGGAGAUUAUUGUAGAGCAAAGGUUAGAAUACUGUGCAAUCACCACGAAUGAGAAAGAAAUAAUAGAAGAGUCAGAAAUGAUAGACUUGAUGUUGUUCGAUGAAGGGCAAUGA